CUGAAUAUGUAUGGUAUAUUCUCAUAGUCAUCCUCGGAAUGACUGUCUUGUCGACUGUGGUUGUCCUGCUUUAUGUGUACCGUUGGAAGAUCUACUAUCAGUGGUACCUGCUGUUGUCCAAGAGGAAAGACACAGAAGUCUGGGAGAACAACCCCAGGUUUAAGUAUGAUGCUUUUGUUGCCUACUGCGAGAGGGAUUUUGAAUGGGUAAUCCACGAGUUGAUUCCCAACCUAGAGAACAACGCCGGUCUUCCGAACGUGAAGCUGUGUGUGUCGGACAGAGACUGGGAGCUGGGAGGCAACAUCCUGGACAACGUGGAGAGCAGCAUUCAGAGAAGCAGGAGGACCAUCUGUGUGAUAUCCACGAACUUCCUGAAGAGUGAGUGGUGCAAACUGGAAAUGAGCCUGGCACACAUGCAGCUCUUCUCAGAGAACAGAGAUGUCUUGGUUUUCGUAUUCUUGGAGAAGAUCCCUGUUGAAAGGUUGUCCCAGCACCAGAAGCUCCGCAGGGAAAUGUGUAAGAAAUCCUGCCUCGACUGGCCGGGAGGAGAAACAGCUGCUCAGAAAGUCUUCUGGGAGAAACUCAGAUCUCUCAUUUUCAAAAACCCUGUGGUCCAACAAAUUUAAACUAAAUGAAAAGUCUAUGGUGGAAACGA